CUUUAUCCAAUGGUUCAAUUCCCUGUCGCAUUACCCAGCAAAGAAGUCCAUCACAUGACACUCGAUCAAGAGGGUCCCUUGUUCAUCCUGUACUUACACAACAAGGACAAUCGCUUCACAACCGAGUUCUGCCAAAGUAUCAUCAAGGCACUGACCAUUAUCGAAGGCAUCUUUUUUGAAGCAGAAGAUCCAGUCGACAUGGCCUUGGUCACGGUGGGUCAAGACAGAAUUUAUAGCAAUGGAUUGGAUUUGGCACAUGCUUUGGCCAAUCCUUUAUUUAUCGAUACCUUUUUGCUCAUGCUUCGAAGGAUGCUGACCUUUUGUAUACCUACUGUCGCCGCCAUCAACGGGCACGCGUUUGCUGGUGGAUGUAUGCUUGCUUUGGCUCACGAUUAUAGAGUGAUGAGAUCUGAUAAAGGAUUUAUCUGCAUGAACGAGGUAGAUCUUCCAUCCGCUCUUGCUCCUGGUAUGGCUGCCUUGUGUCGUGACAAAUCAACACCGGCCACUUUCCGCAAGAUGAUUUUGCAAGGUCACCGCUUUACUGCUCAAGAAGCGCUGGAUCAUGGUUUAGUCGAUGUCACUUGUCCCGAAAAGGAAGUGCUGCCGAAAGCAAAGGAAUUGGCAUUAAAAUGGGCACCCAAGGCAAAGGCUGGUGUUGUUUAUAAACAAUUGAAGGAAGAGAUGUAUACCGAUAUUGUAAGACACUUGGCCGUUCCUUUCAACCGCCUUGCCAGUAGAUUAUAAUUAAGGGUCAAGAUGCAUACAUUGAUAAAUACUAAAAGAUUCUCCUAUUCUCUCUCUCUUUUUUUUCUCCU